GAGGAAUUUAUGUAUAUGAAAACUCAUGAUCAAUUUCUGCCUCAGUUCUUAGUAAUGUGUCGUACGAUCGUUCUCGUUCUCGUUAUUACAGUGACAGUUACGCUAACGGAUGGCUGCAUCAAGCGACCAUCCGUGGCGAGCGGAGAUGAUGACGGGCAUUACUGUGUUUGCAAUGCAACGUAUUGUGAUCAAGCGCCGGACGCGAUCGAGCCGCUCAAUCCCGCCGAAUAUAUUCUGAUAACUUCUAGCAAAAGCGGUCUACGAUUUCACGUGUCGAACGGCGCGUUUGAAAAUGUCGACUCUGACCGAAUAGAUUCAAAACCUCAAAAGAAAGAUAUAAAUCAUGCAAAGCCUACUAAGAUUAUCGUUAACAACAUGGAUACGUAUCAAGAGAUCUUCGGGUUUGGUGGAGCAGUAACUGAUGCAGCCGCUAUAAAUAUCCUUAAUCUGACAGAUGAGGCGUCUGAAAACUUAUUGAAAAGCUACUUUGGCCCGCAUGGAAUCAAUUAUAGUAUAAUCAGAACGCCAAUGGGCGGAUCGGAUUUUUCAACGAGACCUUAUGCUUAUGCGAUGAGAGAAAAUGACACCUUACUCGAAGAUUUCAAUUUGCAACCAGAGGAUUACAAUUAUAAGAUCCCGGUAAUGAAACGAGCUCAAAAGUUAAAAGGUGAAAUUAACUUAAUCACUGCGCCGUGGUCCGCCCCUCUCUGGAUGAAAACAAAUAACAGUUGGACACAUGCUGGUAAACUACGUCCGGAAUAUCGUCAAUUAUGGGCAGAUUAUUUCGUAAAAUAUUUUCAGGCUUAUCGCAAUGAAAAAUUGGAAUUUUGGGGCCUAACGCCUCAGAAUGAGCCGAGAGCUUACAUCUAUCUUCCGGUAUCACUUCAUUUAAACAAUAUGAAAUGGGCUCCCGAGGAGGAAAGCGAUUGGAUUGUCGAUUACUUGUGUCCAAGCCUGAAGAAAAACGGUUUUGAGCACAUUAAGAUUUUUUCAAUGGACGAAAAUAGGCUGGCGCUUCCUGACUGGCCGGAAAAAGUAUUUCAGAACAAAAAAGCCCGAGACAUUGUUUCUGGAAUCGCUGUUCAUUAUUACUUCGAUGAAGUAAUCGGCCCGCACAACUUAGACGAAGUAAAACGACUUUUUCCAGAGAAGUCGUUUAUAUACACAGAAGCUUGCGCUGGAUAUGCGUCAGAGGAAAAGGUGAUUCUUGGCUCAUGGGCGCGUGGUGAACUAUACGCGAAAAAUAUCAUUCAGACUUUGUCGCACUGGGCAUCCACAUGGAUCGACUGGAAUCUCGCUUUAGAUCUGAUCGGUGGACCCACCUACAUAAGUAAUUUCGUUGAUUCACCGAUAAUAGUCAAUAGCACCGCCGAUGAAUUCUACAAACAGCCGAUGUUCUACGCUCUUGGGCACUUUUCAAAGUACAUUCCACCUAACAGCGUGAGAAUCGGCACGACAACGGAAAACGAAAAUAAGAAAGUUCAAAGUGUCGCGUUUUCUACGCCUGACAAUGGCACUGUAUUAGUAAUCCUAAAUCAGAACGAAGAGGAGAAAGAAGUUUUGAUCGAAGAUUCCACAAAAGGGAUAACAAGAAUAAAUGUCUCCGGAAAAUCCAUAAACACGAUGAAAUAUUGGUAGACAUGUUGCGAAAAUAUAAAUCCACCGUAAUAUCGGCACAUAUAUACGACACCUGUGCAAAACGAAAAUAUCGUUUAAAGUAUUUUAGUCUUAAAUUUCUCCCCUGACGCAUUGAAAUGCACGACAAGUCUCCUUUGAAUAGAUCGAGUAUUAAAAUAAAAAUUAAAUACAUUAUUAAAAUUGCCAAA